GGUGAGCUUUUCUGGACGCAUCAGGCGAACCGCCAAAUAUUGGGAGCGAAAGCCAUGCUCUCAUGGGCUUGGUCCUCUGAUGCCAAGCUACUCCAUCUGGAAAUGAAGGUCCACAGGGGCAGCUAGCAUCGACCGAUGAUGGAUACAGAGGUCUUGGUACCAAGGCCGACGUCUGCUGUGCUUAUCUGUUGACCGUGCCAUCAAACGUCUGCACCACUCGCAAAGUCAGACUGUCGUCAGCACCCCAUAAACUUCGCGAAAAAACAGUUGCUUGUACGACAAGAUCUCGUGCUGCGCGAACCCCACAAACGACCACCCGGUCGAAAUCCCAGCAUUGCGAAGCGAAGUUUAACGGCACAGUCUGACGGGACGAUGCCAUUGAUCCAUGACCGGGGAUGCCAGGGACCAUGUGCAUAUCGGUACUUCAAUGCCCCGGAUAUCAUACUUGAGGGUCCACAGGGCCUCAGUCUGCAUGAAGCAGCGUCCCAACAGCCGACAUUUGCCUGCAGUCACCAAUCGGCAUCAGUGCGUCACUAUGGCCCAGCCUCCAGUCGCGCGCUGCCCAGUCGGUAAGUCUCUUGGCGGGGAAGGCACUAGCGGCGAUCUUUCUUGUUCCGCUCGUCGCGACAGGUUGAUAUGGCUUCGGCACGUUAUUUUUAACCCUUCAUGUACACUUGCCAAGCCUCCGAGGGGAAAAGCACGACUCGAUCUCAGCCCUGAAGAGGCGCGCCCAAAUGACAAGCUUUUGAAACUAGUCGAUUCUUUGCACAAUACGGUCAUGACGCUUCGAAUUACGACUGUGUCACAGUCUCUGCUAUGUCGCGGCUCCCACCAAGCGAUGGCAGCCGAGUUUCCCGCGCCAAAGUGGGCGAGAGAUUGGCUCCGCUGGACAGGUUUGAGCUUUAUGAUGUUUCUCCACGCGGGCGGGCUUGGCUGAGAUGCUGACUACGCUCGUUUGGCGGGAGAUUAUCACUAGACGGAUGCGCCAUCGCUUCGCCUCGUCCGCUCCCCCUGCCGGACUGAAUAUCGAUAUAAGUAUCUGAGGGAUCCUGGUUUUCCGGUUCUUCAUCGCUUUGCAUUUUUU